AUGAAGCUUGUCAAUCUAGUUACUACAACAUUAUCAUUCCUUGCCGCUUCUCAUCCGCUGGAAAGCCCCAAAACGGAGUCAAGCGAUGUUUGGAUUGGCCUGGACUUGAAGCAGUGUCUUACCGAUGCCCACAUGGACCCUCACCCAAAUUUGGUAGCUCAGCAAGAUACAGCUCGGGCCGUCAUAGCGGCGUACAACGCCUGGGACAUCGACGACAUCAUGGCCUAUCGGUCACCUGAUUGCAAACACCGCGUAUUACCCACCUCUAUGCACAGAGCCGCCAGGAGCAACGCCGAAUACCGGGCCUACCUUAGCGAAGUCAUGCACCUGUACUCGAAUUUUACUGUCACUAUCAAGGAAGAAAUACAUGAUGCUGGAGCGCGGAAAUGUAUCAUACACGCAUUUAGCAGAGCGGAAACGAAGAUUGGGCCCUACGCAAAUGAGUAUGCAUUGAUUCUGACCUUUACAGAAGACGGUAGGAAGGUGACCAAGUUUGACGAGUUUGUCGACUCAGCGUACUCUGAGCAGUUUGUCUCAGCGCUAGCAAAGAACGAGACGUCUCAGUAA